AACUUCGAGAGCGAUUCAAAACUACCCGCCUUUUUAUACUCACACAAAUGCGGUGUAACCAAACUAAUGCAUCUCUAGUAUAUUCUAUAUGGUAUAGUAUAUUUGCAAGAGUAAUCGAUUACAAAUAAUUGACUAUCGAAUUGCGUUCAUCUCUAAAACUAACGAGACCCGCUGACGUGUUUCCAGCAAUACAAAAUAAAACACGAAUCAGUUUCCACCAAAACACACAACAUUAAUCCAUAAUUCGUAUAUAUUUACUGAACGACGUCCAACGGGCCAUCAAAAUAGAAACCAUUAGAUACAGUGCGACAUCAGAGUGACGACUUCCCUGUGGUAAUCAACAAAUGCAACCAAAAAUUGCAGUCAUUGAAUUGAAAGUUGGCAAAUCGCAACCGCAACAUUAACGAAAUCGAGAGCGACGAUAGCGGCACUGGGUGGAGGGAGACAGAAGAGUGGCCACAAAAACAGCAACAAACGAGCUGGAAAGACAGAAACCGCAUUACAAUAAACUGUAGCCGUGGCCACACACCGAACACACACACGCACGCACAUUGAGUGCUUGUGGUCCACGUAGAAGCUGCCCAAGCUACAGACAUAGAGAGAGACAGAGCAAUUCACAGACACAGCAGCAGAGAUGGCGUUGCUAACGAUGAUUGCCCGUGUCAUUGAUGGUCUUCCAUUGGUUGGCACCAUGCAGGACGACGAACAGAGCGGUCGCAGCAUUUUGGACUAUCAAAAUCAAGCGAAAAUGUUGUUUCGAAAGCUGGGUACACACUCGCCGGCCAGAAGCAGCAUUGAGACAGGACCAUAUCUCUUCCACUAUCUAAUCGAGAAUGAUGUUUGCUAUUUGGUGAUGGUUGAUAAAAUGUAUUCGAAGCGUUUGGCCUUCAACUAUCUGGAGGAUCUGGCACAGGAGUUUCAUACGAACUAUGGCAGGCGUGUCAAUUCCGUGACACGCCCCUACGCCUUCAUUGAGUUUGAUGUGUACAUACAGAAGGCGAAAAAGCAAUUAACCGAUCGCAGACGCAACAUCAGCAACAUCAACACACAGCUGCAGGAUGUGCAACGUAUUAUGGUUCAGAAUAUCGAUGAUGUGCUGCAACGUGGCACAGUCUUGGCAGAGUUGGAUACGAAAACACAGAACCUCUCGAUGAUGUCGCAAAAGUAUAAAAAGGAUGCCAAAUUGCUCAAUCGCAAAUCGAUGUACGUGAAGGCGGCGGCUGUGGGCACCAUAUUUCUAGUGUUUAUAUUAUACUUCUGGGUUUUGUAAUAUAUACAUGUGUGUAUGCGUGUAUAUGCUUUAAUAUGUGUAUGUGCAUAUGCAUAUGUAUAUUUAGUUGCUAGUUGUUAAUUGUUAAUUGUAAUUGGCUUAGCACCAGCAGCAGCAGCAGCGGCGGCGACGAUGAUGAUGAUGAUAAUGAUGAUAUACUUAGUUGAUGUUGCUGUUGUUGUUGUUGCUGUUGCUGGCAGUGCCCUGAAAACGUCUGAGACGUGAAGCGGGCGCAGACAGCGGAAAGGCCAAAAGACAUUUAAAUAUUUUAUAUAGUAAUUGUACAACAACAACUGAAGCAACGACAGCAGCAGCAGCAGCAAUGAAACCGCUAGUUAAUAACAUUAACAACACUAAAUUGGGGGCAAAACACAACACACGACUUUGACAUGCGCCGCGCUUGCUUUCAUUUACCUUGCGUUUUGAGUUUUUUUCUUUUACAAAUUUUAUUUAUCAUUUAAAUAUCAGAACAACAACGACAAGAUCAACUCCAUUAGCCAGCAAUAAGAACAGAACGAACCAUCACUCUUUGUAUUAACGCAUUUAUGCCUUUGUUAAUCUGAUUCGAUUUGAUUUAAUUUGUGUUUACAUACAUCGUAGUAUAAGCGGGGAGAACGCGCAGCCUUAGUUUCGAAAUUUUGUAAAUGAAUUGAAAAGUAAUAGAUGCAAGCAAAUGUGUGAAUAUAAAUAAUGUAGAUUGUAUAUGCAUAUGAUAUGCUGAUCAUGAUAUGAAUGACUAAUGAUGGAUGCUAUGUAACAUCAAUAAAAUACGAUUUAGGCAAUUUA